UUAAUUAAUGUAAUUUUAAAAUCAAAUCCCCAGAAAAAAAAAAGACGACAUAGCCUCUGUGGUUCUUGUCUCUCUUCUGGCACGCUCCACACCUCUCACCUUCCCCACUUCUCUCUCUCUCUAGCUGUGCUGGUAGCCUGUGUUGCCCAAUACCCAACCCUCUCUCUGCAAUUUAUUUAUGAUUCUCUCUUCCCUCUCUUUUUCCUUACCCUUUUUGGCUCUAUAAAUUCUGUAGAGCCCCCCCUCUAUUAACCUUCUCUCCUGAGUCUCCUCCCCUUCGCCUAACUUUGCUUCCCUUCUAUUCUCAAUCUUUCUUUUCCACUCUGUUAAUUAUAGUAUAGAUUUCUCCCUCAUCGGACACAGCUCAACCAGCUUAACUCAUCACUCUUAGCUUAAAGGUCGUGCGUUGACGUUUCAAGCCGAGGAAAAGAUGAAUCACUGUGCGAUUCAGCAGAACAACGCGUGCGAAGAGAUGAGGAAUUUCAGAGACGGCGUCGUUUGCCCCAAGCCUCGACGUUUGAGGAACGCAACUCUUCACGAACCCGUCAGAUCUUAUCGAUGGCAUCUAGGCCACCAAGCUGAGCUCUGUGAUGGGAGAGCAGGGUCAGAUCUUUUGGAAAACCUCCUUACAAAGGGUUCUUAUGGUGUUGAACAAUUUUACUGUACAGAAAUAGCCUCGUCGCACCCAUUUUAUAGCGGGUCGCCACCGAGCAGAGUCGCUAACCCACUAAUUCAGGAUGCUAGAUUUGGGGACGAGAAGCUCACCCCAUCUUCACCACUGUCACCUAUACCUCCCCCUUCAGGUCUGUCAUCGUCUCCAUCAUCCUCUACAAGGAAAGGAGGCUGUGUUCGGGUCAGUUUUGGGAGCAAGCCAGCAGUGAGGGUUGAGGGGUUUGAUUGCCUGGAUAGGGAUAGGAGAAACUGCAGAAUCCCUACCCUGGCAUAGAGCUAGCCCACUCAACAAACAAUGGAAGAAGGUACAUAAGAUGAGAUUAAGCUAAAGUUUGCUAUAGACAAUUACGAAACUUGGAUAGCGUGAGAGGUAAUUUUGAAAUUCUCAAGCGAGGAUGAAGGAGAUCCUUCUGCCUUUUGUAAAUAUGUUCAAGAGAUUUGUGUAAAUGAGAUGUGUCAUGUAAGUAUAUGAGAUGUUAACCAAAUAAACAGGGGUCCUAGGUCCAAUUUUAGGAGAGGUUUAUGAGGGGGUGAAAUUUGGUUUGAGAAGAGUCUGCACCACCCUCUUGUAUUGUACAUAGUAAGUCUGGUGGAAAAAUUUUCUUUCUGUUACCAUUUAGGUAUUCCGGAGUUCCAAUGAGCGGCUUAUGAAGUGAAUCUGUACAAAGGAAGUUGCUGUUGAGUUGAUUUAAACAGUUAUUGUGUAAAUAUACCAUUUGUGUUUUUUUUUA